ACAGAAAGAGAGAGCUCGAGCAGAGGCAAAUGCCCCCUCAACCCUCCAAAAGCCAGAUUAAUCUCGAUCCGAUCUUCAAUCAAAUCUUCUACCUUCUUUUUUUCAUUAAUUCCGAUCUACGUACGUCACGUAGUUGUUUGACAGACUCAUAAUACGUGUAAUCACUCGAUAACUACGCGUUUAAGCUUUAGGUAGCUAUGGUGCUUCAGAGGUUGGAAAUGUGUGUGGAGCUCGUAAAGCUGGCCAUAGAGUUCGUCAUCGUCGUAGCAGAAGCAGUAGAGGUGGUUCUUCAGCAGAGCUUCCCUCCAAAUCUUUCGACUACUUCAGCUUAUACCAGCACUCAUCUUCCUUUUGUUGGCUUUCUUCCUUAAAAUUCUUUGUAUAGAGAGCAGAUUAGCUAGAGCUCAUGAGUUUAUGUACAGUCCCGCUUAUUUCCUAUGUAAACCUUCUAGUUCGAAAUCGGUUGAAUUCUACUCAGUUUUGCAAUUUUGCUCAUCA